AUGUUUGAGGUGAUGGAUUAUUCAACUGGACAAUAUAGUGAUAUAUGGUCUUAUACGCAUCAAAGUUCGACUUCUAAGGAAUGGUCGAGGUUAGCCGCUGAUGGUAGCAGAUCGUAUGCUGAGCAUUUUAGCCAAAGUAUUAGGAGUAUAGAGGAUGUACUACAAGACUUGACAACUGUUACACAACGUAGUGACUAUGAUACUUCAUCUUCCGAGUUAUCAAGUGAAUCUGAUUUUGUUAUUUCCAGUGUGACGCCAGGGGAAACAUCGACAGCGGUUACUAAUGAAUUGCUUCCAGCAACAGUAGGUUCUGAUCAGAUUGGGAUUUCACAGCCACGGAAGUACGCUGACUUGUAUCCAAUCUACAAUAGUUUAACCCCGGCUCCACCGGCUCAAACUGUGGUACCUGAGCAUUCAAGGUUUUUUGUUAUCAAGUCAUUUAAUCUCGAGAACAUAAAGGCCUCGUUUCAGCAUAAUGUUUGGACAUCUACUAAAAGGGGUAAUCUAAGGUUAUCUAAGGCCUACUCAUCGUUGCCUUCGGGCGCUAAGGUGUUCUUAUUCUUUAGUGUUAACAAAUCAGGUAAAUUCUGUGGCGUUGCUGAAAUGAAGUCCAAUAUAAUCCAAAGCGACCCAAGAAAUAGCAUAUGGCACUGUGAAUCAGGACAUCAAUUCAGCGACCUCUUCCUAGUGGAGUGGAUACGUGUCUGCGACGUCCACAACCGGUUGCUAAAACACUUCAAUAUUAUGGAUCCUGAUGGCGGUUUCAAACCAAUGACUCACUCACGUGAUGCAGAUGAAGUUGAUAUUGAGAUAGGACGGACUAUAUUGAAGCUAUUUAUGAACUCAAAGAAAACAAGGCCUUCAUUCCUGGAAGAUUAG